UAAAAAGCAAUUAUCCAAACACCUUCUCUGCCACUUUACAAGACCUAUUCGCUUGGUUCAUUACAGAGCCUCGAUUUCUCUGUCGGUUGCUCGCUCGCUUCGACUCGUUUCCAUUGAGAGCUUAACAGUCCAUUAUUCAAAUGGCUGAGGAAAAUUUCAAUGAACACGACAUGGGUGGUAUGCCUGAGAACACAAAUCCUCCCGAAAUACAAGGAUCUGAAAAUGAUUCAGGAGGAAUUGGAGAACCAAAGUGGCCGGGAUGGCCUGGAGAGAAUGUUUUCAGGAUGUUGGUUCCUAUACAGAAGGUUGGUGGCAUUAUAGGCCGCAAGGGGGAGUACAUUAAAAAAACCUGUGAGGAGACAAGGGCUCGUAUAAAGAUUCUUGAUGGUCCACCUGGGACUACGGAAAGAACUGUGAUGGUUUCUGCGAAGGAAGAACCAGGUGUCUCUAUUCCUCCUGCCAUGGAUGGUUUACUGAAGGUUCAUAAACGUAUUAUUGAUGUAGACAGUGAUCCAGCUCAUACUCCAUCUGGUGCUGGUAGGAUAGUUUGCACAAGGCUUCUGGUGGCAGCUACACAAGCUGGAAGCUUGAUUGGGAAGCAGGGUGCCACUAUAAAGUCUAUUCAAGAUGCUUCUGGUUGUAACAUUCGUGUUCUUGGAGAAGAAAACAUUCCACCUUUUGCUUUGCCAGACGAUAGUGUUGUUGAGGUACAAGGGGACCCUGCAGGUGUCCAUAAAGCUGUUGAACUGAUUGCAACCCAUCUCAGGAAAUUUUUGGUUGAUCGGGGUGUUAUUUCAAUGUUUGAAAUGCAAAUGCAAAUGCCAAAUGCUCAAGCAAACCAGAACAUACCCCCACACCAAACUUGGGGCCCACCUCCUCAAGGUUUUCCAAUGAAUGCUGGUGUUGGACCUGGUUUUAUGCCUAAUCCUCAAUACAUGCCGCCUCCGCGUCAAUUUGACAAUUAUUAUCCACCAGCAGACAUGCCUCCUUUGGACAAGCAGCCUCGUCAAGGACCACCUGCUUAUGGAAGAGAUGCAUCCAUGGGAGUUCAUACAACUAUUGCUGCACCUGCACAACAAUCAGUUGUUACGAAGGUCACACAGACCAUGCAAAUUCCUCUAUCAUAUGCAGACGCUGUAAUUGGGAACUCCGGUGCCAAUAUUAGCUAUAUACGCCGGGCCAGUGGUGCAAGCAUUGCAAUACAGGAAACAAGGGGUGUGCCUGGGGAGAUGACUGUAGAAAUAAAUGGAUCUGCAUCACAAGUCCAAACUGCUCAACAGUUGAUUCAGAAUUCCCUUGCUGAAGCUGCUAGUGCCACACAGAACCCCACAGCUCCACCAACCGGCCAAGCAUACAACUAUCCUAGUCAAGGUCCAGUGUAUGCAUCUCCGCCAUCUAACCCUGGUGGUCAUGCCGGCCAUGCUCCCACUGCAGACUAUGCAGAGUAUCCAGACUAUGCUGCCGUCUAUGGGACCAACUAUGGUUAUUAAAGAGGCUGACAUCUUUGGCCUAGUCAGGUUGUGAUGAAACAUUCUGGAUAUUGACACGUGCUGUGCUACUGGUUCACGUGAAGAAUGUAAGAUGGUUCUUGGCAGUGAAGAAAAUAUCAUAGUGAGAAAUGUUCUUUAUGGAAAAACUUUUGUUAAUUUCUGUUUUAUCACCUAGGCAGAAUACUGGGCUUGAGCCAAUUCAAGCCCUUUGCUUUCGACUUGUUUAAUUGCUAUUUGGGUUCAUACCUCAAAGCUAGUAGUAUGUUUCUGUUGUUUUUGUUGAAUCCUAUUGCCAUCUAUGGCUGCUGUUCUGUAUGGUCAGACUGUUCGGUGACUUGUCAAAAUGUUCUACGCGAAUGAGUAUGAGUAGUGAGAACUUUCUUAGUUUACAUAAUGUC